AUGGUCCUCGUGAAGACAGCCCUCUUCGCCUCCGUGGUUAUCACGGCGGUCUCUGCCUUUACAUCGCCCAAGACACUCGAUUCAAAUUCCGUCAAGGCCAUUGCUGGCAGUCUCGCUUUCGGUGCCAUGUCUUACUACAGCGGCAAUGUCUCCAGUGAUCCCAAGAUGGUCGGCGACCUCCCGGACCCAUACUACUGGUGGCAAGCCGGCGCACUCUGGGGCAUCAUGAUGGACUACUUCCACUACACCGGUGACCCAACCUACAACGACGUCCUCACCCAAGCCCUCACAGCCAAGGUCAACACAGGCCCCAACCACGAUUUCAUGCCGCCCGAGCACGAGCUCGAAGAAGGAAAUGAUGACCUCGGCUUCUGGGGCUUCGUCGUAAUGUCCGCCGCCGAGCGCGGCUUCCCGGACCCCGCCGCCUCCACCGGCGCGCCCCCCUGGCUCCAAAUGGGCCGCAACAUCUUCAAUUCGCUCGCGGGGCGUUGGAACUCAACGCACUGCGGCGGCGGGCUUCUCUGGCAAAUCUACGAGAACAACCCCAACGGCCUAAACUACAAAAACAGCGUCAGCAACGGGGGCUUCUUCCAGCUCGCCGCCCGGCUCGCCGCCGCGACCAACGACUCGCGCUACGCCGAUUGGGCCACCUACGUCUGGGACUGGUCCGCCGCCGUGGGAUUCCUCGACGCCGACCUCAAAGUCUACGACGGCGCCGACUCCCGCGACAACUGCACAAAGACGAAUCACCUCUCCUUCACCUACUCCACGGGCAUCUACCUAUACGGCGCCGCCGUCAUGGCAAACCACACGGGCGACGCCCUCUGGCGGGACCGCGCGACCAAAAUGCUCGCCACGGCGCGCAAAAGCUUCUUCUCGCCCGCCGAGAACAGUACCAACAUCAUGUACGAGCCCGCGUGCGAGCCGGUCGGCACAUGCAACACGGACAUGAAGAGCUUCAAAGGGUACCUCUCCCGCUUCCUCUGGCAGUCGGCUACCGUCAUGCCGGAGCUCCUGCCCGAGGUCAAGGAGAUCCUGGUCCCGAGCGCGCUCGCCGCGGCCAGAGUAUGCGAGGCCACGGCGAGCAACGUGAUAUGCGGGCAAAGGUGGUACCUCGACGGCGACGACGGCAGCUACGGCCUCGGCCAGACCAUGAGCGCACUCGAGAUCAUCCAGGGUCUCGUCGUUAGUCAGUAG